GGGAUGGAUGCUAGUUUUAGUUCGAGUUCUAGUUCUACUUCACUUCAGGUCGAUUGGCUCGCUUCGAGAUUGGGAUGAAGGCGAGUUCUAGCUCGCAGGAGACUCGCUACCGACCACACCACUUAAGGCAGCGCAGCGGAGUCGGGUCCGAGCGUGAUCAAGGAAAGCUCAUGCAGUCAUGCAGUCUGCAUAUGCGGCAGGCGUGUGGGCGUGCAAAGCGUUUGGUUGUGGCUUUGUUGUGCUUCAGAAACAGCGACACCUGCCACGCACUCUCGUGAACCAUUCGGCCUUGCGGCCGGCGCCUUGCAAGCAAGCCAAAGCAAUGCCUGCGUGCUGAACAGCUGAUCAUCAGAUUAUUCAAGCAUUCCCUAUCGUUCGAGCCACAGUCACGUGGACUAGAAUUACUGUGUCAGUCCAUGUGUACAUAUAGUAUCUUGGCGGCCGUGUCGGAAACCGCUUUUAAGCACC